AUGACAUAUUCGAGGAAAUUACAGAUAACCGUCCCUUGUUCCUCCUCGAACAUUGGACCUGGAUUUGAUGUGCUUGGAGUAACACUGUCACUAUAUCUUACACUUGAUAUUAGUAUUUUUGAACCAGCCUCUGAUAAAAAAAAUUAUAAUGAUGAGGUAGUUUUAGCGUAUUCUGGCGAAGGCAAAGAUGGGGUGCCCCUUUCCGUUGAAAAAAACUUAAUUACGAAAACAGCACUUUAUGUCCUCGCAUGUAACAACAUAUCUGGCUUCACUGCUCCAAUGACCAUUAAUGUUAAUAACCCAAUUCCGAUGGGUCGUGGUCUAGGCUCUUCAGGUGCUGCAGUUGUGGCUGGCGUUAUGUUAGGAAAUGUUUCUGGACAUUUGGGUUUAACGAAGGAUCGUAUGCUUGAUUAUUGUUUAAUGAUAGAACAUCACCCUGACAAUGUCACAGCUGCUUUAAUGGGUGGAUUUGUAGCUUCGUACUUAAGGGGGUUAAAUACAGACGACGCAGGAGAAUUGAAAGAUGAAAAGAACGAUGCGAUAAAUAAAUUUUCAACGCAAAUUAAUUACGCUGAACUGAAUUUAACAUUAGUCUACUUUCAAUUAAUUGAUCACUGUAAGGUUUUUAAUUUACAAAGAUUAGCAGUUUUGAUAAUGGCACUAUCCCAAUCUCCACCAGAUGCGGAUUUAAUAUGUCAAGCUAUGCAAGAUAAAGUUCAUCAACCGUAUCGUAAGCAAUUGAUUCCUGGUCUUUCCGAAAUAAUUACUAAUGUGAAACCAACCACAUAUCCAGGUCUUUUAGGAAUAUGCCUUAGUGGUGCUGGACCUACAAUAUUGGCUCUCGCAACACACAAUUUUGAUAGUAUCUCAAAAGCUGUAAUAGACAUGUUUGCAAAGAAAAAUAUUGAGACGGUUGUAAAGGUAUUAGAUGUUGUCGAAGGCGGAGCCCAGAUCGUAGAGACGUAUUAG